AUGGCUCGUAUUACGUUCGACGACUCCAAAGGGUUUUGCUACAUGAAUUCACUUGAUGAUGAAAUACCGAAGUCAAAAAACAAAGAAAUGGAAGUCACCAAUGGAUUCGAUCUAUUACCUUGGGAUAAGCAUGUUAUAGAUGAAGAAGAUGAGGUUGAAGAUGAAAGUGAGCAACAACAUGAAGAACAAUCUUCGAAAAAGACAAAGAAACUUACGAAGCAAGAAAGGAGGGAACAAAGACAACAGAAAAAAAUUAACGCAUCUAGGAAUCGAAUGUUGAAAAGACAGCAGGAAUUAUCAACUGCUGCCAUAGAUGAUACGAAAAAUGUUGAAGAUAAUCCAUUUGCAAUUCAACAAGACAUAAAAAAGCUCUAUUCCAAGAUUACUAAGACGAGUGGGUCGGCCAUAAAGAAAGAUUUCAAAAUUUUCCAAUAUCAAUCAGUUGCAUUAUAUAAAUCGGACAUAGAACAUAUUCUACCUGAAGAAUGGAUAAACGACAAUAAUAUUUCGUUUGUAUAUGAGCUAAUAACACAAAUGUUUUUGGUUAAAACAGAAAAUAAGUUUAGUUAUCAAAUUCAAUUGCUUUAUCCGUCUUUAGUACAAUUAUUUCUUCAUAUUCCUAUUGGGAAUGAUUUUGAGAAUAUACUACCCAUAAAAGAAUUACAAAAGCUGAAAUUUAUAUUUAUCCCUGUUAAUUACAUUGAUAACUAUCAACAAAUAGAUUUGGAACAAGCGAAUAAUGGAGAUCAUUGGGUUCUUUGCUUAUUAAAUCUCAUUAAUAAUAAAUUAUAUGUAUACAAUUCCAUGCACGAUCUAGAUGACGAAAAUAACGAACUAUUAAAGGAAUUAACUAAGCGUUUAAAAUUAUGCAAGUCAAUUAUCAGAAAUAAUUCAUCUAUUGAAAUUAUUCAAAUGAAAUGUGAUCAGCAAACAAACUUUAAUGACUGCGGUGUAUAUGUUCUGAUGAUGACUUGUUGCUUGAUCGAGAGAUUGUUGUACGAUAAAGCUAUUAAUUUAGAUAUCAGCAAUAUAAAAUUCAAUGCAUUGCGUGGAAGGUUAUACAUGCUAGAAUUGAUAUAUAAAUUGUCAAGACAGCUAAUUGUUGCUCAAAACUUAUGA